UCUCGCUGUUGUCGGCUCGGAGCCAUGUCUAGGAUCCUGGAAGUCCAAGAAAGCAUUGAUGGCUCACGAGUACCCGGAGAAAUCUGGUCACUGGCGGGCAAAUACUCUACUGGACGUCCACCGUGACUACCAGUGGAAGUGGGCUGUCGUCGACGUGAAGACGAGGAAGGUGAAGAGAUGGGAGGAGUGUGCCAAUAGAUUCAUUUCCACCAACUGCGAGCAGCUCUCCAUCCGGGCAACCUGGAACACGUCAUCGUCCACCUUGUCCCACUCCACCAUCAUCCAGGAGCAGACGAUCGACAUGGCCAAGGUGGCCAAGUUCUAUGAUGCCGUGGAGAACUGUGAUGGACUUUUAACCGCGGAGAUGAGUCACGUGACGACUGGGUGGCAGUCACGACAGGAGACGAAGAAGAAACCAUUUGUCAUAACAGAAACUGAGAAAAUGGCAGCCUUGAAGCCAAAGAAACAGCGUGAACAGAAGCCAAGAACUCACAGGUCAUUUAUUAGGAAGAUUCCUGGACUUGUGUGUCACGUGACCAACUUCCUGAAUGACUGUUACUACUGGUUGGAGUAGAUGUGGCGUUGUCAUGGAUACUGAACUGUAGAAAAAGCCUAUUUUCUCAAAAGAGUUUGUAAAUACGUUCACUGGAUCAUCUUGUAAAUAUAAUCAAAUUCAUUCUAAUCGUUUGUUAUAGAAAACGAAAUUAGAACUCUUGUUAUAUAUGUUUACUGUACAGCUGGUAAUUUAAAUGAAAACAGCCUUUUAUUUGUACAUCUGUCAAACCGAAUUAAAACUCAUUCG